CACACACACACACACUUCUCUGAUAUUCAGUACCACUCAGAUAUUUAUUGCAUUUAUUGCUCUGGAAAUUUUGCCCAGUCUAUUUUAGACUCUUCCUUUGUACUAACAUUCUAGUGGUAUAAAACAGCAGAUCCAAUAGGAACGCAGUAUAAAACAACAGAGCCAAUAAAAAUGCAGUGUAAAAUAGCAGAGCCAAUGGGAACAAAGUAUGAAAGAGCAAAGCUAAUAGAUACACAGUGUCAGGGACUGGCUCGAGGGACCCAAAUGCAUGACUCAGACUGAGAGCUUAGAGAUAAGAGUCUUUAAUAAACAAACUGGGGAGCAACCAAGUGAAUAGACUCAGAACACAAGCCAAAAACAACCGUGCAAAUCCAAACAAACAAUUCCAAAAACCCCAAAAGUCCAAAAACACAGCUGAAUAGGGUAUCAGGCACAAAGAGCCUCUGGAACAGGCAUACCCAAGUGGCCUGCAGAAUCUUCCUUUCAAUCUCCAGGCGGAGAGCACAUAUGGUUACGGAGAAUGGUGGGAGAGUCCCCCCAUUGGGGGGUCCCCUUCACCGGGCGAGUGUAUUCGGGAGAGGGCAUUUGGUUUGCCGUUCCUGGACCCUGGACGGUAGGCUAGGGAAAAGUUGAAGCAUAAAAAAAGCCCCCAGCGAGCCUGACAAGGGUUCAGGCAUUUGGCCGACUGCAGGUACUCCAGAUUGCGGUGAUGAAAAACAUGAAUGGCACCUUGGUCCCUUCAAGCCAAUGACGCCACUCCUGGCCAGCUUGACAAAUGUACACGAGGAGAAGUGGUUCCAGGCAGCAGGUCAAUAGCAAAGUUGUAUGACCUGUGUGGUGGCAGGGAGGAUGCUUUGACAUUGCUGAAGACGGCCCCCAGGUCAUGGUAGACCGCCAGAAUAGAGCUGAGAUCAGGUUGAAGCUCAUGACGCAGAGGGACAGGUGCAGGGCCGGUUGGGGAGAGGCAGCGGGUCUGGCAGGGCACCCCCCAUUCUAAGACUGUUCCAAUCUAGAUGUGGGUUGUGUUGCCAGAGUCAGGGAAAACCAAGGAUGACACGAGCAUGGGACAAGGGUAUGAUCAGGAAGAAGAGCCAAUCCGGUUGUUCUGAGAUUGUAACAAGCAGUGGGACUUGUUCGAGCAAAACGCCUGGUAAAGGUUGUGCCCGUCUAAGGCCCGGACCUUCAGGGGGGCUGGCAGCGUCUCAGUCUCGAUUGGUGGGCCAGGUUCUUAUCCAGGAAUACCAAGUCUGCUCCGAAGUCCACGAACACCGCCAAUUCAUGGGUCUGGUCUCCCAUGCAGAUUUGUACUUUUAGAAGUGGUUUGGAGGAGACAAGCAGUGGUUGGCUCUACAUGGGCUCCCUCCUUAACAGCGAGCCCUGCCUUUUGCUGGGCAUCAGGCUGCCAUGUGCCCUAGCUCAUCCUUCACCUCCAUAGCAAGGCCUCACAGGAAGGCAUAAAAGCGUACAAAGCAGUGCGGUCGCAAUCACUGUCGAUGGCGUCUGUGCAGAAAUCCACAGCGUAAUCGGCACUUGAGAGACUACCUGGGUGGGAAAGAGAAGUGACCGUGCAGCAUCCUGCCGGGGUGUGAAAGUAUCUAGUAUCUAGUAUUUAGUAUCGAAGAUCUUGUGGAACUCCUCCAAGAAGGCAUAAAAAGAAGAAAAGAAGGUGGACUGGCAGGGCCUUUCCUGUCAGGAACGGUAUCACAUACACCACCUUGGCUUGCUAUGAGAUAAUCUGGCAGAGAGGGAGAUUAAUUAGGGUCCUUUAAUACCAGGCUGUGCGGGAAAAAACCCAAAAUGGCCACAGACCUGGAAGUACACAUCGCAAAACCGGAAGUGCACGCUGCAAACAGGGAAGACCAUGACACACAGUAUAAAACAGCAGAGAAAAUAGGAGCUAAGUUUAAAACAGCACAGCCAAUAAGAACGCAAUGUGAAACAACACAGCUAAUAGAAAAAUAGAAUGAAGCAACAAAGCUAACAGUAAUGCAAUAUGAAACAGCACAGGUAAUAAGGUCACGAUAUGAAACAGCAGCACAAAUAGGAACAAGGUAUGAAACAGAGAGCCAAAAAGAACUAAGUAUGAAAUAGCAGAGCCAAUAGGAUUGGAAUAUAAAACAGCAGAGCCAAUAGGAACACAGAUUGAAACAGCAGAGCCAAUAGGAACAAGGAAACCCAGAGCCAACAGGCAGGCAAAUUAAAAGAGUAUGUCUAAUACAAACACAGCAGAACCAAUCAGAACACAGUCACACUAACUCCUCCCUUUGUGUUAUUUCUCCACCCACUCCAGAUGUGCCCAUUUUAAACACAACCCCACCCACUUCUGGGUGUUUCAUCUAAUCCAACACUGGAAGUUUCACUUUUUUUUCCAACUCUGGGAAAACUAACCUGUCAAUUAGAUAUUAGCCCCGCCCACUCAAGGAAUCAGGAAUUCAGCAGUGACAUGCAAGUAAAAGCAAUUACUUUUACAAAGUGUUUAGCUCCUCCCACUCUCACUCUCAUCUUACGCUGAGGUUUAAAUAUAUCAUAAGGCUCAGAAUAGUGUCAGUGUAAAUACCACACACACACACACACACACACACACACACACACACACACACACACACGUGCGUGUUACCGAACGCAUGAAGAUCAAUCCAGACAAUAAUUAGUCAAAGACACAUCAUUUUUAUAGAUAAAUACACAACUACACUGGCUCUGACCAAUCACAUUCUGUGUAAUGGAAAGAGGAACAGCGAAUGAAACUGUGGAGUCUGGGUAUGAAACUCCACCCACCUGCAUCCUACUGGACAUUCUGCUCAAACACCGCCACCCUUCAGGCCCAUUUAAUGAAGUCUGGCCUAAUAUCAUCAUCUCUGAUGCACGCACAGCGACGGACCUGACACUGCUAAACACUCUGAAAGUGACUCAUGUAGUGAAUGCUGCACAUGGCCCCACCCACAUCAACACAGGCUUCGCCUUUUACUCCCAUGCCCACAUCCAGUAUCAUGGCGUAGAGGCUCCAGACAGCAGAGACUUCAACCUGUCUAUGUUCUUCCAGACGACCGCUGAUUUCAUACACACGGCUCUCAGCCAGGACUCAGGUAAAGUGUUAGUGCACUGUGCUCGGGGAGUUAGCCGCUCGGCUACGCUAGUGUUAGCAUACCUUAUGAUCCACAAACGACUAACAGUGGCUGAGGCUAUCACGGCGGUGCGAGGUUACCGGAACAUUCUGCCCAAUGUCGGAUUUCUGGAGCAGUUACGAGAGCUGGAUGCAAGACUGCAAAGGAAAGAGAUAUAGACAGGAAUAAGGAUGGAUGCAAAAAGCUCAUAAGUAGAAAAUAACCAGCUCAUAAGAAUUAUAUAACAAGCUCAUAAGAUGGAUAUAAAAAGCUCAAAAGAAGGACAUAAGCUCAUUAGAAGGACAUAACAAGCUCAUAAGAGAGAUGCAACAAGCUCAUAAGGACAUAAGCUUAUGAGAAGGACAUAGCAACGUCAUGAGAAGGACAUGUUGUUCUCUUGGACAGGUUGUCCUCAACAACUGUUUGAGCGUUUUCUUGUGGACAGCUUUAGAAGAGGCUUCUUCUGGGACGACGGCCUGCAGACCGACUUGUUGAGGUGUGUGGCGUACGGUCUGAGCACUGACAAGUGGAUCUUCUGCUCCUGCAACCUCUAAAGCAAUG